AUGAACUCCACCAGCACAAAGACACCAACAGAUGAACUCCAAGAAAUUUUGCCCAAGGUAGGAGAUGGGAAAAGAAUUAUCUUCUGGAAGGAUAGAUGGUGCUCCAAUAAUUGCUUGAAAGAUGAAUUCUCCACUCUUUACAGAUUAGUGAUGGAGAAGGAGGCUGCAAUGUUGAAUUGGUGGGAGGUGCAAGGAGCCCUUCCAGGAUCUGUGGAAGCUAUUCUUCAUUGGUGGGAAGGUGUGAAGCUUGGCAAGAAAGAAAAAUUGCUUUGGAAAGUCAUUCCCUCAGCUGUCUUUUUGUCUCUGUGGAAGCUGCAAAAUGAGUGUAUUUUUCAGAACUCUUUGUGUUCAUCCGUUGGAAAGUCACUCCCUCAGCUGGCAUGGCAUAAAGAGGUUUUCGGUAGUGUGAAUGUAAAGUUGAAGGAAGCUGAAGAGGAACUGCACUUUCUGGACUUAGCUGCUGAAUCCAGAGAUUUGGAUGAGGCAGAAAGAGCUAGAAGUAGAAUAGUCAGAGAUCAGCAAAGUAGAAAUGCGAUCUCUUCCAUAUCUGUCAGGGCUACUGUAUUGGAAGAUCCUACUCAGAUUAGGAAAGAAGUCAUUGACCACUUUAGAAAGUUGGAAGCAGAUUUUUCAGAGGAAGAAAUUAGGGCUGCUGUGAAGGAUUGUGUUGGUAACAAGGCCCUUGGGCCAGAUAGCUUUAACUUGGCUUAUUUUCAAAAAUUUUGGUUAUUGAUAAAAGCUGAUUUACUGAAGUUUUUUAAGGAAUUUCAUAGGCAUGAAAGGUUGGUGUUGGGUCUUAAUAGCUCAUUUAUUUCACUAAUCCCAAAGGUUGAAAAUCCAGUGGGGCAUGGAGACUAUAGACCUAUCAGCCUAAUGGGUUCAAUAUACAAAGUCCUUACAAAAGUUUUGUCUAGUAAGCUAAAAAAAGUGCUUCCUCAUAUCAUCAGUGAUACUCAAUCAGCCUUCAUAGGUGGAAGAAACAUUCUGGAUGGUGUGCUAAUUGCAAAUGAGGCGGUUGAUGGCUGGAGAAAAACCAAAAAGAGAGGUCUGAUUAUCAAGCUUGAUUUUGAAAAGACUUUUGAUUCUGUUAAUUGGUGUUUCUUAUCAUCCAUGCUCUUCAGUUUUGGGUUUGGUACAAAAUGGAUUAGAUGGAUAAAAGAAUGUGUUACUACAGUAUGA